CCUUCUCCCCUAAUAAUGUGUGGAAUCUUUGCCGUUCACAACUACCAGGGCGACCUCGAAGCCUACCGCCAGCGUGCCCUCUACCUUUCCAAGAAGGUCAGACACCGUGGUCCCGAUUGGUCUGGUUGCUUCUGCGCUAACAACAGCAUCUUCUGCCACGAGCGUCUUGCUAUCGUUGGUGUCGAUUCUGGUGCCCAGCCUUUGAUCAGCGAAGAUCAGAACAUCGUCCUCACUGUCAACGGUGAGAUCUACAACCACAAGCAGCUCAGACAUGAGCUUAAGGACAAGCACACCUUCAUGACCCACUCUGACUGCGAAGUCAUUAUGCACAUGUACAAGGAGAAGGACACCGAACUUGUCCACCACCUCGAUGGUAUGUAUGCCUUUGUUCUCUUGGACGUCAAGCGCAACCGUGUCAUCGCUGCCCGUGACCCUAUCGGUAUCACCACUCUUUACUAUGGCUGGAACUCCAAGAUGCCCGGUACCACUUACUUUGCAUCUGAGCUCAAGUCCCUCAACGAGGACUGCGACAAGAUCCUCGCCUUCCCUCCCGGCCACAUCUACGAUUCCGAGACCGGCAAGACCACCCGUUACUUCAACCCCACCUGGUGGCCCGAAGGUCGCAUGACAACCAACCCUGUCGAUUACUCUGUCUUGAGAGAGAGCCUCGAGAAGGCUGUCCGCAAGAGACUCAUGGCUGAGGUUCCUUACGGUGUCCUCUUGUCUGGUGGUCUUGACUCCAGUUUGAUUGCUGCCAUUGCUGCCAGAGAGACUGAGAAGAUUGCUGCUGGUGGUGUUAGCGCCGAGAACGGUGAUGACAGCUACGACGAGAGCGGCCCUGCUCUCUGGCCCCGUCUCCACUCCUUCUCUGUCGGUCUUCCCGGAUCUCCCGAUUUGGUUGCUGCUCGCGAAGUCGCCAAGUACCUCAACACCAUUCAUCACGAAUUCACCUUCACUAUCCAGGAAGCCCUUGAUGCCGUGAGCGAUGUCAUCUACCACCUCGAGACCUACGAUGUCACUACCAUCCGUGCCUCUACCCCCAUGUACCUCUUGUCUCGCAAGGUCAAGGCUAUGGGUGUCAAGAUGGUUCUCUCUGGUGAGGGUGCUGAUGAGAUCUUUGGUGGUUACCUCUACUUCCACCAGGCUCCUGAUGCUGCCUCCUUCCAGGCCGAGACCGUUACCCGUGUCAAGAACCUCCACACAUCUGACUGUCUCCGUGCCAACAAGUCCACCCUCGCCUGGGGUCUUGAGGCUCGUGUUCCUUUCCUUGACAAGGCUUUCCUCGAGACUGCCAUGAACAUCCGUCCUGAGGACAAGAUGCCCAACCGUGCCGAGGGCCGUGCUGAGAAGUACAUCCUCCGCAAGGCAUUCGAUACUUCUGACGAUCCCUCUGCCAAGCCUUACUUGCCCCACAACAUCUUGUGGAGACAGAAGGAGCAGUUCUCCGAUGGUGUUGGCUACGGCUGGAUCGAUGCCCUCAAGGAGACCAGUUUGACAAAGGUAUCUGACGAAGAGUUCGCCGGCGCCAGCGCUCGCUGGUCCAAGGACACUCCCACCACUAAGGAGGCAUACAUGUACCGCGUCUUGUUCGAGCAAUGGUUCCCUCAAGAAGCCUGCACUGCCAGUGUCGUCAGAUGGAUCCCCAGAGCUGAUUGGGGCUGCCCCGAAGAUCCCUCUGGUCGUGCCCAGAAGGCUCACGAGGCUGCCUACGCCGACAAGAAGUAA